AUGUUCACCAAAUCAUGGGCGUCGUUAGCACUACUUUUGAUCGUGCAGACAAUAGGAUUAGGUCUGUUUGCUAAAGGAUUCUUUCCAUACAAAACAAACUUGUCUGGAUUUGCUAGUCCGGAUGACGUCCCCCCAUUGCCAGAACAUGGAAAUGCGACACCAAAACCAUCAUUUGAUAGACUCGUCUUUAUGCUGAUAGAUGCAUUGAGGAGUGAUUUCGUGUUUGGGGAAAGCUCAGAGAUGAAAUUUGUACAAAGCCUGAUCACAAAUCGUCAUGCAAUUCCAUUUACUGCACUGGCCACAGCUCCCACUGUCACACUACCACGUAUCAAGGCGCUUACAACAGGCACCGUACCCAACUUUCUUGAUGCAAUAUUGAAUAUUGCCGAAUCGGAUACUUCUACCUCGCUCGCGUAUCAAGACAACUGGCUUGUUCAAUUUAAAAAUUCGGCCAACAAGUCUAUAUCAUUUUUUGGUGACGAUACUUGGAUAAAAUUGUUCCCUGGAAUAUUUGACAGAAUUGACGGAACGACAUCGUUUUUUGUUUCGGAUACUGUUGAAGUCGAUUUGAACGUGACCAGAAAUGUCAUACCUCAGCUGGCAAGAAAUGACUGGGACGUGUUGAUAUUUCACUAUCUUGGCCUAGAUCAUGUUGGUCAUUUGGCUGGACCAUGUAGUCCAUUAAUGACACCCAAACAGCAGGAAAUGGAUAAAGUUGUCAAAGUCAUUUAUGACACGAUUACAGAGCAAGAUAAAGAAAGGAAGCGAUUGAACACUAAUGCCAAGCCCACGCUAUUUAUUCUUGGUGGAGAUCAUGGAAUGAACGAGGCAGGAAAUCACGGUGGUUCAUCCGCAGGAGAAAUUACAACUGCUCUCGUCUUUAUGAGUUCGGAAUACGGCUUGUUUAAAGCAGUACCUCCAACCUUUACAAUCCCACAUAACGUACCGUAUUUUCAAUAUUACCGAGUUGUAAAUCAAGUGGAUCUAGUUCCUACACUUUCUUAUUUAUUUGGGAUUCCAAUACCCAAGAACAGUCUCGGUCAAAUGUUGUUGGAUGUUUUAAGUGAUCAUGAUGUAUUCGAUCAGCUGCGAGCACUCCAACUGAACGCUCAUCAGAUUGCAGGAAUUUUGACAUCGAAUUGGGUUUCGUUUAAUAGACUUCCCGACGCGACUGUAGAGACUACAUUAGACUCUAACUUGCAUUGUGCUCGAGAAGAAAAUGAUCGGGAUAUACUUCAGUGUUUGUAUAAAGUUGCCUAUUACUACCAUGCGUUGGCU